ACAGGCUCAGUUGACAAUCACAUAUGAAGACGUGCGAGACUGUGCGAGAAUUUCUCUGCAGCAACAAAUAGGCUACGAAAUAUAAAUCUGUAUUUCUCAAAUAGGUGGAGGUCAAGAAGUGGCGUCAUGGACGUGUCCAGCCACAGCCUGUUCCUCCUGCAGCAGCUCAACAUCCAGAGGGAGUUUGGCUUCCUGUGCGACUGUACCGUUGCCAUUGGUAACGUAUACUUCAAGGCCCACAGGGCCAUCCUGGCUGCCUUCUCCAACUACUUCAAGAUGAUCUUCAUUCAUCAGUCAAGCGAGUGCAUUAAAAUCCAGCCCACGGACAUCCAGCCGGAUGUGUUCAGCUACCUGCUCCACAUCAUGUACACGGGCAUGGGCCCCAAGCAGCCAGUGGACCAGGGCCGCCUGCAGGAGGGCAUCAAGUUCCUGCAUGCCUACCAGCUGUGCCGUAUCCCCGACGAGGGGUCCCCUGAUGCCACCGACCUGGUCCGUAUGUCCAACCUGUAUGGUAUUCAGAUUUCGUCCCAGUUGGCCAACAAAGAGGGUACUGGGGGCCCUAAAGGUAGUGCAGGGACCGGAGGAGGAGGCAGCCCGGAGGACGGGCGUUCGUCCACCCGGGCGGGCCGCUCCCACGCUGCACAGUUCUCGAUGACCGUGGGGUUGGAGGGCGUCCCCUCCUCGGACCGUCAGCCCUUCUCUGGUCUCCUCCGUGGCGUCUCCUCAGUGGCUUCCGGCGACGACUCAGACAUCUCAACGCGCAUCAAGCAGGAGAGGGUAGAGGAGGGGGAAGGGGAGGGAGGGGAGGGCCAACAGGCGCUGGGAAGGGGAGGGUCCCCAAUGUCUCCUUCGGCCCAGGGCGGCAGCCCCUGCCAGAGCCUCCUGUUCAAGGAUGGCCCCCUGUCGCUGCUGUGUCCCCGCUGCGGCGAGCGCUGUCCCUCCCCCGAGGGGCUCCGCAAGCACCUGUUCAGCCACGCCGCCUGCACCCUGGACCCCAGUGGACUAAUGGAGGGCCUCUCCCAGGGCGGGGUAGGGGACCUGGAGGGCCCUGAGAAUCAGCAGCAAUGUGGGGCCCCCCAGGAUCAGCUGGAGGAGGCCCUGAGGCAGAGCCAGGCCCUAGCUGACGAGCUAGCUGCUGGGCUAAGGCAGAGCAGGGGUGGUCUAGCCAGUGGCACCAGUCCACCCCCCACCACCACCAUCUCCACUACCAGUCACGCACGAAAGCGCAAGAUCACCUGCGCUGUGUGUAGCCUGCGCUUCGCCCAGAAGAGCCAGCUGCAGGAGCACAUGUACACGCACACGGGCAAGCCGUCACGCUACCACCGCUACAGCCGCCUCUGCAGCCAGCUCAUCCAUGCCUCUGGACACUUCUGCGAGGGGCCACCGGAGGGCGGCGGUGGUGGCGUUGGGGUGGCGGCAAGCACCACAGUAAUGUUGACGGAGGAGGCCAACAGGGAAGCUCAGGACAAUGGCAGCUCCUGCUAUUCGCUAGACUCUGAGAUUUCACCAGAGAGCGUGGAUGCCGUCACUGUGGAAUGAAAGUGCAAACAAACUGUAGAAAUAAAAUAAAUACAUGAAGUCCCAAAUAUUGUUUCUUAUUCUUAAUUCCAGAUAAUACCUCCUGUUUCAGUUUGUUUUCUUCAGUUUGAUUCCUACUGAACAUGACCCUGUUUCAGUUGCACGGAUUCCUUACCUUUUGUCAUUAUCCUUCCACUUCUCCGGUUAUAUCCUGUCUUUUGUCAAUACCGUCAUCUCUCUGUUGGUUAGAUAAAACCCUGUGAUGUGAUUCCAGUGUAAACCGUAUCUUAUUUUAUUCAGUGAAUGUCUGAAUAGAACAUUGUUUUUACAUGAUAAAUGUGUUCUCUCUCUGUUGUCAUAUGUUACCAGCUGAUAUUGAUUGGAAAUUAGCAAAUACUAUGUAUCUGCAUUUCUUUCUGAAAACGUGCACUUUCCGAAUAAGUAGCUGUUGAAAUGGAGCCUAUGUAAUGUUGUUAUGGAUUGUCAGGGUUACAGGAAUUUGCAAGGGACGACUUCUUAAGACCAAAAUGUUGCAGUACCCCCCCAAAACCGUGAGCAGUGCCUUGGUGUUUUAUUGUUUUCUUUAUUACCUCCUGACAAACUAGCAAAACAAACUAGAGAAUUAGCUUGAAUUCAGAGGAUUCAGGAAGACUGUACUACCUACUUAAGUGGACAAGUAUGCAAAAGGAGACAAAGUCACAAGUGUCAUCCCAAAACCUUUCAAGCUGGAAAACCUGGGGCUGUAUGUUUCAAGUGUCACAGGAGAGGUGAUAUAGAAUCAGGUGCCCCCCUGUCUUAUUCAUUGAGUUUUUCCCGUCUUAUUCAUUCAUUCAUCGAAAAGGCAAAACUGAUUCUAAAUCAACUGAAACCAAAUCGAAACUGUAGAAAUGA